UCAGUUGCCUUGAAUCAAUGUGCCGUGAAGAUCUGCAAAGUCUGACUGCAGCGGAUUAAAGAGGAAAUGCACUGACUGUGUGAAACUUAAAACAGAGGAACUUUUUUGCAGACUUGUGGCUGUUGUUCUGAGGGCAAAAUGGCACAACCAGGAAGUCUUGUUAAUUCAGGUAAAUUUCUUUGUUCGAUCUGUCAGGAAAUAAUGAAGGAUCCGGUAACUAUUCCCUGUGGACACAGCUACUGUAUGAACUGUAUCAAAAUUCACUGGGAUGGAGAAGAUCAGAGGAGAAUCCAAAGCUGCCCUCAGUGCAGGAAAGAGUUCAUACCGAGGCCUAUGCUGGUGAAGAACAUCGUGUUAGCUGAGUUAGUGGAGGAUCUAGAGAAGACUGGAAUCCAAGCUGCAGCAGCUGAUCACUGCUAUGCUGGACCUGAAGAUGUGGCCUGUGAUGUCUGCACUGGGAGGAAGAUGAAAGCUGUUAAAUCCUGUCUGAUCUGCAGGGCUUCUUACUGUGAGGAUCAUCUCCAGCCUCACUAUGAAUCAUUAAAUUUUAGAAAACAUAAACUAGUUCAAGUUUCUACCAAACUUCAGCAAAGGAUCUGCACUCUUCAUGAUGAGGAGAUGAAGAUCUAUUGUCGUACUGAUCAGCAGUGUAUCUGUUAUCUCUGCACUAUGGAUGAACAUAAAGGCCAUGAAACAGUCCCAGCCGCGACCGAAAGGGCUGACAGGCAGAAGGAGCUCCAGGAGAGACGACAACAAAUCCAGCAGAGAAUCCAGGACCAAGAGAAAGAUGUGAAGCUGCUUCAACAGGGAGUGGAGGCCAUCAACGUAGCUGCUGAUAAAGCAGUGGAGAACAGUGAGAAGAUCUUCACUGAUCUGAUCCGUCUCAUCCAGAAAAGAAGCUCUGAUGUGAAGCAGCAGAUCAGANGAACCAGACCAGUCCACAGUGAGAUGGCACCAAUUGGACUUGUCUAUCCAGAAGCCAAACUGUUAGGCAUCCAGUUUGUGUGGGUUGUGCUUUUGUUUGUCUUCCCCCCACCACCAGGCACACACCUGCGCAUGGUUACCUCAUUACCAGAGGACUCUUAA